AUGGGUAAGGCACCAUCCUCUAAGGAGAAAAAAAUGCGAGAGAAGGAUGGUGAGAGGAGGUGACAGGUACUGUACGUACAUUAAACAAAGACCUUAGGCGUUUUUUUUCUCUACGACCCCCUUGUUGCCUUCGAGUGUUCUGCGCACAAAAUCGUUCUUUGUUUCAUGCCUCGUCUUCUUUUCUGCGCUUCCGUCGACUGCAUACGUCCUGAGAGCGGUACAGUGGCGCGUGGCUCCCUCAUCGGCAGGUGCGGUGUCCCUCUCCGCUAAGGGCCUUGGGUAAGGUCGCGUGCGAGUCGUCGCAACGCCGUCAGGGAUGGAGAAGGAGAGGGAGGACAGGCGGACGAGUCCCAUUUUUUCAGGAUUCCCGUCCCACUUAAUAGGACUUUCAAGUGCUGUGGUGGUCAAAUUAGGAAUCCGGCUCACAAACCUUGAUGUGUACACAACUAAGUGGCCGGUUCAGACUAAAAUAUAACAAGCCACAAACCCUGAAAUCAAUUAAUUCAUUGUAUACUGUAGGUGGGCUAACUCGCGAAGUAUCAACCGAGAUUCCGAAAUGCGUUUUUGUCUCGAAAAAAUGAAUCAGGUAGGGUUGUAACACUCCUCACCUUGCAGCAUAAUUCGAUAAUGAUCCAGUUACCUCAGGAUGCUGACUUUCGAAUGAACCUAUCUUCGACUGCAUAGAAGAACUGUACUCUGCAAAAACUGACUGCUUAUGUAGCACGCAUUUUUUAUUGAUUUUCAAUGCUUUGGAAAAUUCAAAUAUAUUUCGUUGAAAACAUGCGUAAAAACAUUCAUUCUUUUGCGCAUUCAGUAGAAAAUAACGUUUCCUUUCAAUUUUAUACUCGAAGGAAGGGUAUAAUUCGGUUUUAAAAAACUUUUACAAUGCCGAACAGUUUUGAACCCGACCUGCCGUUACAUUUGCAUUCAGGGUUUCCAAACUACAAGUUGUAUAUUUUUCGCGUACAGAAAACCGUAUAUUUCUCUAUGGUUGUGAGAGAAGAUCAUGUAGGAUUCAUAAAAUGUAACAGUGGAUUUGAGCCACAUUGUUGACUUUACAAGCCACCUUGGUAAAUACAGAGACACGACGUUUUAUGAACGGACACUUAACGGUAUUAAAAAGCUCACAACUAGAAACCUCUAAAAUACCGAACUGUACUCUUCCUUCGAGUAUAAAAUUGGAAGAAGACUUAAUUUUCUACAGAAUGAAUAAACAAAUAAAUAUUUUACACAUGUUCCUAUGUACUGUAAUUGAAUUUUUAAGAGAAUUAAAAAUCAAUGAAACAAUGCAUGUAUCUUAAGUAGUCACUUUUACAAAGGAUAGUUUUUGCAUGCAGCCGGAAAGAAGUUCUUUCGAAAGCCGGCAUCCAGAGCUAACUGAAUUACUAUAGAAUUAUGCCUAGUUUUACAACCCUAUUUAAUUAAUCUUUUCGAAACGAAGACGCAUUUCGGAAUGCAGGUUGACAUUUAAUGAGUUAGCCCACUUAUAACGGAGGUAGUCGGAGCCUUGAAGAACACUAUUUGCAGACAUACGCUGAAGAAAUAACACAUGGUUGCAAUCGCUAUAUGGGUGUAUUGCAUCCCAGGCCGCAAAACAUACAGUGAAAGCUGAAACCCCCAAAAUCCGCCCCAUCAUCCUCGUUUAAUGCAGUUCAUAAUACCUGCAAGAACGGGACCAGUGGAACCAACCCUUAUUAGUACCAUCCCACAAUAAUGUGCGUCUUUUUAAACUGUGCGUUUCCUACAAAGUCCGAAAUAGCUUGCAUAUUGCACCCUGCUAGUAAAAGUGUACCUCAUCGCGAUUAAAUUUUGUCCCACACCAAUAGAAGAAAAUCUCCGUUAUUUCGCCGUACGAAGUUUGCGCAUUUCAUUUCUCCGGGAUUUUAUGCCAUAAGUGGACACCAAGCAAAUAAGUAGGGGGUGGGCAUACUAUCGAAUGCAUCAUUCUCGGAGUAGACAGCCAAAUGUUCGCUGAACCACUGUGGUCUAAGAAAACAUAUACGGUGAGCGUGCUAAAAGGUCGAUAAACAAAUGCAGCCGUCCAUCCAAGGAAUGUUUACAGCAUCCAAGUAGGCAUGUGUUUUGGCAGUGGUUGUAUUGCAGUCUUACCGCAGCCUGUAAAGGGGCAGACGGCGCGCAAGUGAGGGUAAUUAGAUUAUGUUCUUCUUAGAGUUCUAGGAUAAAGCUCGCCUUAGCUUACUCUUGAACUCGGGAGUAGUAAUUUUGACUAAACUAACGGCGCCCCAGUGGUACGUCGUAGCUCAGGUAGCACUGGCUGUACUGUCGCCGGUUAGAAUCCCACCGAAGCCGGCGAGUUUUUCACGACUGGAUUAGAUGAAUCUAUUUUGAGUGAACUUCAAUGUUAACAUCUAUUAAGCCAUUUAACUGUGAAGGAUUGCCAGAAAGCUAUUGGCUCAUGCACUCCUAGCUGUUCUUGAAAGUGACUUUCCGGAAAAUAACUUAUUUUGGGCACACUUUUGAUGGGUUUAUUUGUAGAUAGUCCGUUCAAAGUGCUUGCCCCUCGAGGGCCAUCGAAUUUCGUUGUCGCGUGGAUGAAUCAGUCCAAUUUGUUCGGCGAUGUUGCGAUACUUUGAGUCUGCGUCAGCGUGCCUUCUCACAGUAACGUAUUGGUACAUGUAUCAAGUCUGCAAGCAUUCAGGACAUGCAAAAGUUUUUGAACAAUGUAUGUGCCUGCGGCCCCUCCCACGUCUGCGUAUUUCACUCUUCCAUUGUCCAUUGGAGAGAAUAGGAACAAUAACGAAAAUAAAAUGAAGAGGAAGAGGAGGAAGGAAGAGAAGUGGAAGUGAAGGAAAAAGUUCCUGGGGUGUGGAUAGGGGUAGAAGAAGAAGAAGAAGAAGAAGAAGAUGAUGAUGAUGAUGACGACGACGACGACGACGAUGAUGAUGGUGAUGAUGGUGGUGAUGAUGAUGAUGAUGAUGAUGAUGAUGAUGAUGAUGAUGAUGAUGAUGAUGAUGAUGAUGAUGAUGAUGAUGAUGAUGAUGAUGAUGAUGAUGAUGAUGAUGAUGAUGAUGAUGAUGAUGAUGAUGAUGAUGAUGAUGAUGAUGAUGAGGAGGAGGAGGAGGAGGAGGAGGAGGAGGAGGAGGAGGAGGAGGAGGUCCUAGAGGUCGUUCUCCUUCUCCUGUCUACCAGCCCACGGGAUACAUACUCGGUCUAUAAUCUUUGGAAAAUGGACCACACGGCUUGCGAGACUUGCUUUCCGGUGUCACAGUAG